GCCCGCCCUCACGUGACGCGGCCGGCUGCGGUGUCAGCCCGUCAGCUGACGGAGGGAGCGCGGAGAGGGGCCCUCGGCGCCUACAAAAGCGGGGAAGGCAGCGGGCGCGGUGGCCCUGCACCGGCGAGACCCUCCGGCCUCCGUCCCCUGCCCGCCGCCGCCAUGGCGCUCCGCGGCCGCCGCCUCCUCCUCCUCCUCCUCCUGCUGCUGGCCCUGGCGGGGCCCUGCGCGGCCCUUAUCCGGAUCCCCCUGACCAAGUUCCCCUCCAUGCGGCGGGUCCCUGAGCGAGGUGGGCAGCGAGAUCCGGACAUGAACGCCCUCACCCAGCUCCUCAAGUUCAAGCUGGGCUUUGCCGACGUGGAUGAGCAUCCGGAGAUCCUGAAGAACUACAUGGAUGCCCAGUAUUAUGGUGAGAUUGGUAUCGGAACUCCCCCACAGAAGUUCACUGUGGUCUUUGACACUGGCUCCUCCAACCUCUGGGUGCCAUCUGUGCAUUGUCACCUGCUAGACAUCGCCUGCCUGCUGCACCACAAGUACGAUGCCUCUAAGUCUAGCACCUACGUGGAGAACGGCACAGAGUUUGCCAUCCACUACGGGACAGGCAGCCUCUCUGGGUACCUCAGCCAGGACACCGUCACGCUCGGUAACUUGAAAAUCAAGAACCAGAUCUUCGGGGAGGCCGUGAAGCAGCCAGGCAUCACAUUCAUCGCUGCCAAAUUCGACGGCAUCCUGGGCAUGGCAUUCCCGAAGAUCUCAGUGGACAAGGUCACCCCUUUCUUCGAUAACAUCAUGCAACAGAAGCUGAUUGAGAAAAACAUCUUCUCUUUCUACCUGAACAGAGACCCCACUGCUCAGCCUGGUGGUGAGCUGCUUUUGGGAGGGACCGACCCCAAGUAUUACAGCGGUGACUUCAGCUGGGUCAACGUCACACGCAAGGCGUACUGGCAGGUCCACAUGGAUGCGGUGGAUGUUGCGAAUGGGCUGACUCUGUGCAAAGGGGGCUGCGAGGCUAUUGUGGACACAGGAACCUCACUCAUCACCGGCCCCACCAAGGAGGUGAAGGAGCUGCAGACAGCCAUCGGCGCAAAACCACUCAUCAAAGGCCAGUACGUGAUCCCCUGUGAUAAGGUGUCAUCUCUGCCUGUCGUCACGCUAACGCUAGGAGGGAAGCCCUACCAGCUCACCGGCGAGCAGUAUGUCUUCAAGGUUUCUGUACAAGGAGAGACCAUCUGCCUGAGCGGCUUUUCAGGCCUGGACAUCCCACCCCCCGGGGGCCCACUCUGGAUCCUGGGAGAUGUCUUCAUCGGUCCCUACUACACCGUCUUUGACCGUGAUAAUGACUCUGUUGGCUUUGCCAAAUGUGUCUAAGCGCCUGACCCCCACUGCCUCUGCUGCACACACACACUUACACACAUGCACGGGAGCUGUAGAGAAAGAUUACGAGGAUUAGAAAUCCAGUGAGUGGAAAGGAAAACAAAAAAAAAAAAAGAAAAAGAAACGGAACUAGAUUUUAAAUUACAUGGAAAAUAGUCAUUAGGGCCCUGCUAGCUACUUUUUCCCCUCUGUUGAGUAAGUGGUGCUGGGAGGUCUCUAUUUGACAUCUCCAGCAGGAGUAGCCCCUUGCUUUACUGCUAGGUCUUCCAGUAUUUGUUUUUAAGAAUGAUUCUCAGAGCUGAACAAGACCCUCUCACGUCUCCCAGCCCUGGUCUCCUUUCUGGGGGGACAGCUGGCUGGUGCCAGCACCCAGCACCUCUGUUUCUGCAGAGAAGCUGUACAGCUGCUCUUGGGUUUGGGCUUUGGAGAGGGGACGGGGAAGGCUGUCCAGCAUGUUUACUACUUGCUUUUUCACUGAUGAAGUGGGGGAGCGGGGAGGCAGGGGAGAGCCUGUCUUCAUCACCCCUCUACAGCGGGUUGGUGCAGACUGCUAGGUCACUUCUCAGCGGGUUUGCGCUGGCUGGGUGCUAGGAGAUUGUAUCCCAGGCUGGAGAGACGGGGGGGGUUGCAGUAGUGUGCCCCAAGGGUUGAGUUUCAGAGCCCAAGGGCUCUGGUGCUGUGUUUUUGUGUAGUGAGGGUACUAGUGAGAGAGCUGGAGGCAUGACAUCUGCGUGCCUGACCUAACAGGACGGGGAUUUGUAGGGGAGCUCCAGCCAGCAGGACUCUUCGGGGAGUAUGAAUAUAAAAGGGGGUCAGGAUAGGCUUUAAAAGAGGUCACUUGAAUUUGUGGCCGUGAAGACCCAUCUUUCUGCUGAGCAAAGUCACUUGACGCAGGUUCCCUCAAGUUUAGUGAACUUCUCCCAGGUUCCCCAAACCGCAGAUCUUCCCAGCUUCAUCCACAGCCAGUGAGUUGAGAAUAAUGUUUCUUAAAGCAACUAAGUGAUCUUCAAGCUGACGUCACACCAAUAAAAUCUGUAGGUGUUUGUCAGCCACCUGAGACCUUUUGGAAACAUCAUUUGCAACAUUUCGAACUGGCCAAAACUCAAGAGACAGUUGAGAAAGCCAGCGUGCCUCCUGGGCAGGAGGGUGCUGUGGCAGCUGCUGGACUUGGGUUCGCUUUCCCUGCUGCCCCGUUCUGAAACCCAGCUGCCCUUAACACCCUCCUUACCUGCUUUCCACCUUACUAACACUGGUGAGAGCUCUGUUCAUGUCCACCCCAUGCUGCGGAUGGAGUGAGGCGCAGUGCUGCUUUGGAGGGGUUGUAGCUGAUUCAGCUGUGCUUGCAGAUCCUCCCGGAGGGCCAGAUGAGUGCAUAUGGAGCCUUUUGCUUCACUGGGCUGACGUCAAUAGGCAAAUACUGGUGGAGCCAGGAGGACGAUGAAGUGUUACAAGCAGUACUGGAAAGCAGAAGAGAGUUUGCCAAGAGUCCCAGCCCGUGCUGGGAGUAGAAGACUCUUCACUUUCCCAGCGCGCUGGAACAGGUCCUCCAGUUAGGGAGUGGCAGCAGGUGGAGGGCAAAGCUAAGGGUGGUAAGGGGGCGAGAUCAGCACCAGCCGUGACCCCAGACCAGGCAAAAUAGAGGGUAAAAUCCUGGCUCCCCAAAAUUCACUGAAAAACUUGCCAGCAGUACAGGUGGGGCCAAGGAAGUUCCCGAGAAGGGUCUUUGGGUAGUGGGUGAAUGGAUGGUUAUGCCCAGUGAAAUGCAUACGCGUCAUCCCCUGUGCUGAAUUCACCACGAGCAUCAGAGGCACAGGUGGGGAAGAGGUCCCAAGGUGAGCUGUGGGAGAGCAGUGAGGACACAGCCUGCAGAUGCCCUGUCCCCACCUGCUGCAGCUGAUCCGUUUGGCUUUCUAACUGUGCCUCGUGCCUUGGAGGGGUCUGGCAUGGGCAGUGGGGACAGGCCCGGGCACACUUGGGACACAUUCACUGUCCCCCACAACCCCAGACGUGACCAGUGCUGCUUCCAAAGCUUGCUUCUGCCUGCUUGUAAAUCUCCACCUGCAACCCUGCAUCUGGACGCCUAAGGACAUCUGUUGCAGACUGGCUAGAGAACAGUAGCAUCUUACCAAAAAAACCCAAAUCAUCAGUAGGUACUCCAAAACCAGAAGAUACCCAGCACCUCUCCGGAGAGCCCCAGUUUCACACCAAUUAAGUGCCCAGAGCUCCUCCGAGUCCUGCUACAUCAUUUCCCAACUGCAGGAUUUCUUCAGCACAGCAAGACAGAGACAGCCCUUUGGGUACCUGCUAACCAGACGUGAUGCAGGGAGGGGGGAAGCCUGACAUGGAGCUGGCAGCAGGUUUUGAACACCUCCAGCAUCAGGCUGAAGCAGGAUGUGCAUCGCAGCCCCUGAUCAAGCCCUCAGGCCAUGCUUCUGCUGGGUGUGCGAUGCCGUACAUCGGCUGUGUUGUAGCCUCCGUGGUAGCUCGAGGCUGGGCCCGUGUCUGUCCUUGGGCAGUCAGGAGACGGCACAGCCCAAAGCAAUGCCCUGAGUGACAGACCUUCGGAUGGGUCAGAGGAGCGGUUCAUCAUAGUCUUCCCUGAAUGAGCCUCCUCCCCUUGUUCUUUUAUUUGCAUUUUCAAACCAAACUCUUAACUGUGUGGGUUUUUUAAUCUAAUCUGCUGUCAGAAUUACUGUCUCAUCAUAGAAAAUUGAAAAGAAAAUACAGUAUUUCCCCCCUUAA